UUUUCUUGACACUCCACAGUGUUGUGCGUUGUGUACUGUACAACGGCCAACGGAACGUUGAAAUGGACCCAGCAGAUGAUUUUGAUCAAACUCAAGCUAUUUUUCUUGAUGAGGAAGAGGAUGAUGUUACAGAUGAAAUUGAUCCUAAUGAAGGGAGGAAUCCAGUUGGACAUCUGAAGGUUUUGCAUCAAAAGGGAUUGAGUGGGGAGAUUCAUCCUUUAUAUGAUGGUAACAACAUCAUUGGCAGAAGUCCAGACACAUGUCAUGUGUGCAUCCCAUCCAAGUCACUGUCUAAGGAACAUGCAUGUGUGGAAGUACAAGGAGGAAGUUUUCUUAUCUAUGAUAAAGGCAGUCGCAAUAAGACAAAAAGAGGGAAGAUGUUUUUAACUCCAGAGGUUCGUUAUGAAAUCAAGCAUAACGAUGAACUCACAUUUGCAGAUGUAAAAUGCGUGUUUCAACAAAAGACAGUCAUAAAUGAAACAGUUGCAGACUCUGGGUCAGACACGGAUGAGUCUCUGCUGUUACAAGCUGAGGCAAUGGGGAGUUCAGCUGUGAAAAGCACUGAGAACAAGCAGAAAAAUGUGAAUGGAUCAGGAACCAGAUCGACCACAGCGCCUGUACAAACCUUGGUCUUGUCAGAAUCAGAGAGUGAAGAAGAAGAAAAAGAUGCAGCAGCAUCAAGGCGUGGGUCAGCAGUUCACAACACAGUCCUCUGUGAGGACAGCGAUCCAGAAGCUAGCAUGGACAAGGAACUUUUCACAGCAGCCACUCAGGCCUAUGGUGCUGUCGGUGGAGGGCAGGAGAGCUCCGAUGAGGAGCCCUCAUAUGAUCUGAUCAGUGCAGCCACCCAAGCAUACGGUGAGGUGAAAGCUAAAAACAGAGGCAGCAUAAGCAGUGCUGCAACACAGAAGUUUCUGUCACCCCAAGGUGAAGAGAAAGCUCAAGCAUCUCCUUCGAGCAAAGAAAGAAAAGCCUCAAGUCAGUUAGCUUCCACACAGAGCUUUGACAAUGUUCAGAAACGAGGGGGUGAAGGGACGCAAAGUUUUGAUGAUGCAGAAGAGAGAAAAGCUAACGAUUCCUGUGACUCUGCUACGAAACCCACUCAAGUGUUUGAUGAUGAAGACUCUGAAGAUGACGAUAAAAAUGAAACAAAAGAUCUUUUUGCCAUGUCCACCCUUGCCUGUGAUAAUCCUGAGUUUGUGGAAGAUAGCGAGGAUGAGGAACAAGCAAGACCCACCGUAGUGCUAGAUGAACCGACACAACUUUUCACAUCUGAUGCCCCAACCCAAAAAGUUCAAAGUGGUACUGAUGAGAAUGCAAAUUCUGAGACUGUCUGUUUAGAUGAUGAUGACACGCUUGCUGUAUCAGAAUCCAUAAAAAGACAAAACAAAAAGAGGUCACCUGACAAGCUUAGCGUAAGAGGAACUAAAAAGAGGGGUACUCCAGUGGCGGAAACUCCAACCCAGAUAGUUGAUACAGGCGCGGUCAGAGACGAUGACACUGCAACUGUUGUGGUGCCAGAUGAGGAUGAUGAUCUCCCAACUCAAGUCUUUGAGGAAACUGCUGCUGUGUCAGAAACUGCUGCUGUGUCAGAAACUGUUGCUGUGUCAGAAACUGCUGCUGUGUCAGAAACUGUUGCUGUGUCAGAAACUGUUGCUGUGUCAGAAACUGUUGCUGUAUCAGAAAAUUCUGCUGGGAAAUUUCGUUCUCGACCUAAACGGUCGUUGAGGGCAGAGCAGGAGACUGUCCCUGUCGAUGAUGAAGCUGUAACGGAUGAGACUGUGCCCGUCACGAGCGAUACCGUUGCUGUGGAGGUGGAGGGCGAGACUGUCGCCAUAUUGGAUGAGGAGACACAGUCGCCAACUAGGUCAAGGAACAGAAGGACAAGACAAAAUAGGAAGUCACCCACCGUGACAUUUACCGACACUGUCGUUGUUGCUGAUGACAGUGAGGCUGAUAGCGACACUGGCUGUGAGGAUCAGGCCAGGAAGGGGGAGAGUUCCGAGGCAGCCACUCAGCUGGUGGAGGCUCCAGCCACUGCUCCUGCGGAGCCAGCCACCCUGUGUCUGGAUGAGGAAGAAGAAGAAAACACUAGUAAACAGAUAGCAAGAACAAAAGCUAGUAAUGUGGUAAAAAGCGGAAGCACUGGGUUUAAAAGAUCAUCUCAGAUAGAUGUUUCCGAUGACAGUGAUGAAGAUUCACUUCCGCCAUGGAAGUCUCAUAUUGGUGCAGAUGAUGCUACGCAGGCUUAUGGAGGUGCUGAUGAUGCCACACAAGCCUAUGGGGUUGUGGAUGACGAUGAACCUGAUGAAGACGAGACACAAGGUGCUCGAGCAGUGGUUACUGUUGAAGAACCGACGCAGAUGUACAGUGAUGGAGAGGUGCCCACACAGGUAUUUGAACCUCCAAAUACUGCAGUGAAACCUACAGAGAAAGACAGUGAAAGACAAGCUGAUUUCGAUGCAGAUGCAACGCAACAAUUUGGUGAUGAUGAUCAUAAUGAUGAUGGUGAUGAGACACAAGAGGUAGAUGCUGUGGUUGCAAUGGAUGGACCCACUCAGAACUAUGACAUGGCAAUUGAGGAUGAAGAAGAGGAAGCUGAUAAUAAGCCCACAUCGUCCAGACCAAGUAAAAGUACUGAGCCUAUUGUACCUGAGGAUUUAGAUGAAGAAUCAGAAUCUGAAGACGAGUCUGUACUUCUUGCUGCUGUGGAUGAUCCAACUCAGCUGUUCGCUGAAGAGGAAAAGAAACCGGAUCCAACAGUCCCGUAUGAUAUGGUAGUCGAAGACACUGAGACAAGUACUGCAGAUGGAAGGAUUCGCAGAGGCAGGAGAGGCAAGCAGUCGGACAACAAAGGAAAGGAGCAAGUGAAGGCGGAAGAAGUGGUGAAAGAUGGAGGGAGUUCAAUGGAUGGUCCAAAGCCUGAACCUGUAGAACCAACCUUAGCGUAUGACAUGGAAGUUGAUCAGAGUCCCAAGCGAAGCCGAAGGCAGACACCUCGCAAAGGAGGGAACAGAACUACUGCCACAGACAAGGAAGUGAAAGUAGGAGCUGGCCAGAAAAGCCCUGGCAAAGGGAAAGGCAACACAAGUGCUGGGGGUGAAGAAGUGAAAGUAGAAGCAACUCUAGCGUAUGAUAUGGCUGUGGAGGAGGAGUCUUCUACUCCUGGGAGGACUCGUGGCCGACGCUCUAAGGGACCCACUGCAGAAGCAGCUGUAGUGAAGACAAAGGAACUGACAAAAGAUAAACCGCAAGAAGAGGCAGAUUUGUCUGACACGGAAGAGAUGGUGGCUGACAGUGGUGAAGGUGUUGCCCAAGAACAGAAGACGCCCCUCGUCCCAAUCCCAUCUCGCUCACCGCUCAAGUCGGCUUUGGCGGGCAAGAAACGCUCCCCUUCCCCAACACCAAGGCGUGUUGCUUUCACAGAGCCUGAACCCGAGGAAGCCAAACCAUCUAGGUCAUCAUCACGAGCAGGAGCAACUACUAGAGGAACUUUGACCAGGGGUGCGAUUGGAACAGAGGCCACAUCGGCUAAAACUUCUACCAAAGAUAAAAAGUCUGGCAAAGUAACUGAAGUUGUGGAAGCUAGUGAUGCAGCCGGUCAGGAUGAUGUGAAACCAGAGCAAACAGCCCGUACCUCUAGGUCACGUCGACAGCAAAGAGGUGUUAAGGUUUUUCAAGCGUCAAAAGAUGUUUCAGAAGGUCAGAUGAACAAGAAUGAGAUGGGCGAAAAAAUUAUUGCAAAUUAUGUGGAUGCUGGGGAAAAAGAUGAUCAGUCAGAUGCUAUGGAAGUUAAUCCUGAACCUCUUGAAGAGGUAGGAGGUGGUGAUGCUGAGGUGAAACCUGAGCCGUCGGAGGCAAAGACUAGUGAUGGUCCUGGUGAAGUUGAUAAGAUGGCUGAUCCCAAAGCUUCGACAGCACGAGGUCGUCGUGGUAGGGGCAAGAAGACGACUUCUAGUGCCUCAGACACUCCUGAUGUAGGGUCUCAAACGAUGUAUGAGAGGAUCAGGAGACACAUCUUGAAUAAAGAAACUGGAGGUGGUAAUGAAAGUGAUGAAACAGCUUCUAUUGCCUCAUCUGUUGAUACAAAAGAUACUGAAGUCAUGCCUGAGGAGAAGGUGGUGAGAGGACGUGGUAAAAAAACCAUGAAAAGCUCACCGAAGAAAUCGUCAGAACAGGAGGCUGUGCAGCCACGCACUAGUUCAAGGGGAAGGAAAAUUGUGGCAAGUCCUUACUUGAAUGAUUUUGAAACAAGUACACGAUCAAGUAGAAAGAGAGGGUCGUCACAAGCUGCAGUGGAGUCAGAAGAAAAUGUUGCUGGAACUGAUAGUAAAAAGAGAAAAACCAAGCCUGAAGAAAGUGGAGAUAUUAAAAGUGAGCCUAGUGGUUCUGAGGUGCAUUGCAAUGUAUCAGAAGCUUCUGACAAGCAAGGAAUGCAAAGGAAGGGUGCAAAUAGUACUGGGGAGUGCGAAAGUUCUGUUGAUGAGGGAUCGGUAGAAGGGACUGUUGGGAAAAGGGGAAAGAGAGGGAAGGGAAAGGCAAAGGAGACUGGAGCUGAAGAGCAGAAGACUGGUGUUGAGGAGAAAUCGGAAGAGAGGGCUGGUCCAAAAACAGGGAAAAGGGGACAGGAAAAGAAGGAAGAAGCAAAAACUGAAGUGCAAACGAGUGGUGAGAAAGAGAAAGCAGAAGGUAAAGAAGAAACGUGUAUGAGGAAGAGGAAAAGAGGACAGGAAAAUGCAACGGAAGCUGAAAAAAAGGAAAGUGUACAGGAGGAUAAACCAACACAGGAAACUGGUUCUAAGAGAAGGAAAAGAGAUGAACCAGUGCAAGGAGAGGAUACUCCACAAGGAGAGUCAAAAGAAAGAACAGCAGCGAAAAAAGGAGAGAAAAAUGGGAAUGAGGGUGCAAAUGCGAAGCAGAAGAGAAGAGGUCGGAAUAUGCCUUCAGCGUCUGCUACCAAUUUGACUGAAAAUAAUGAUGAUGAUGAGGAGAAGACUGGUGAUGCAGGCUCUGCUACAGAAAUUUCGGUCAGACUCGAGGAAGCUCAGAGCACAGAGCCAGAAGCUGCUCCCCUGGGCAAGCGUAGUAGGGGUAAAAAGGGAAAAGGAGUGUCAGCCGACAGUCAGAUGUCACAGGUUCCAGAGGAUGACGACAGUCAGCUGUCAGCUACACCUGUCAGGAGGGACAGAAGAAAGAAGAAGGAUGUAGAAGUGCCAAUCCCAUCUGCUGAACCACCGCCUUCGCCUGUGGAGACAAGUUCCGGGGCCGCCUCCACCACCCCACCCACAACAGCGAGAAGUGGGAAGAGACGUGCUGGUGGAGAAAGUCAGGAGCAGAAGAUGCCUGAGUCGUCACGAGGCCGACCUAAGAAGAGUGGUGCCCCGCCCCCUGAGUCACCUGUUGCUGAGACGUCUACACCUGGGGGCAGGCGUGGUGGUGCAGCAGAUGCUUCAAGUGGGAAGAGCAGUCAGCCCAGGUCUGGCAGGAAGACUGCUAAAGACUCCCAGAUGGAGGCGACUCCUGCUAAGAAAUCGCGCCUUGCUAGCCCGUCAACUCCCUCACAGGACACGGACAGCUCACAGGCGGCCUCACUACACAGUCCAAUACUGAGGAAGUCCACGACUGACCACAGGCCCAAAGUCAUGUUCACUGGUGUCAUCGAUGAGCAGGGAGAAAAGGUUUUGCAGGAUUUAGGUGGAGAAUUGGUAGCUCACAUUCAUGACUGUACGCAUCUGGUCACAGACAAGAUUCGGCGUACUGUGAAACUCUUGGGUGGUUUGGCGAAAGGAGCAGUGAUUGUGUCACCCCAGUGGCUGAUCAGCAGUAAACAAGCUAGCAUGUUUUUAGAUGGACACAAGUUUCUUGUGAAGGACCCAGCCAUGGAAAAGCAGUACAAAUUCUCUCUGGCCACCUCUCUGUCCAAGGCUGCCCAUUCCCGCAUGCUGGAAGGUUAUCGAGUUCAUGUUUCUCCUGGAGUCCGGCCCGAGCCUGCUCAGAUGCAGAAUAUUCUGGAAUGUGCUGGUGCUGAGUACCUGAAGUCAAUGCCGAGCAAAAAUGUGGAUAAGACGAUUGUGAUUUCCUGCCCGGAUGAUGAAAAAGCAUGCCAACCAGCGAUCAAGGCCGGUGUUCCAGUUGUCGGGGCAGAGUUUGUUUUGACCGGGAUCCUGAGACAAGAAGUGGACAUUGAACAACACAGGCUGUUUGCAUCAGAGGCUGCAAGUCAAGGUUCAUCUCGGAGUAGAGCGAAACGGAAGUAAAAGACUUGAGUGCUGGAAGGAAAAUGUGAUUUUAGAAUUUAGAUUUGUGACUUUCUCUUUUGUUAUUCAUUGCCAUUAAUAGACAGACUAGGUUGCAAGGAAGUCUACUUGUGAUGACAAAGAUAAUUUUCAUUUUUACGUGUACAUACCACAAAAGACGAAAUAUUUUGUUUACUCUGUGCCCUCUUUCCUUGCAUAGCUGGACCUUUGCAAGUGAUAGCCAGAUCAAGAGGGCCAUCUGUACAAACAGCUUACUGUGCAGACAUGUACUAUUGUGCCUGUUACUUAUGUUGUGAAUGUAUAAGAUGUUUGUACCUCCAAUGCUGCCAUGUUGACUAAACACACAGUAAACUCUGCUUGAAAUAUCUA